CUACACCGCCAAGACAAUUUGACUUUGAAUGAUUAUUGACUUAUUCAUCGUCUGCGUGCAAGUUAGAUCGUAUUCCUUCGAGUCAACGUGAGUAUAAAACAUUCGUAUCCCUUCGGUAAAAUUAUAAAAACCAGCUAGGGUAUCCUCGCUUGAAAAUAUAUAUUGCUAUUUUCCUUGAAAAAUUGCCACUGAGAGAAAAAAAUUUCACUGAGCAAAUUAUCUUGCAAUACAAAGUUGAUAUUAAGCCUCAGUGACUUUGUGUUGUAACUGCAUUUACGCUUCGAGGCACAGUCGUCUUUUUAAUGAAAUAUUGUCCAGGAGUCAUGUAACCACUCUUUGUUUGGUUGAUACAAUCCAGAAACUGCGGGGAUUCUGGAUUGCUAUUGCUCGGCAGGUUUCCGUAGCAUCAGUCUUGCAUAGGUUUAUAAAUUAUCUUUUUUCACUAUAAUUAUUAUCUUAUUGAACAUAAGGCAACUCUUUAUGUUAUUAAUUUUUAUAGCAAAAUUAAGGAAAAAUCAAGCCUUUAGAGGAACGUGUAUUUAUUGCAUUUUAUUUAUUUUUUGACAGACACAAUGCAUCUCUUUAAGCACACAAUAUAACAAGCUAUAAAUGCUCUGGCUUUAUACGACAGAUAUUUGGUUUUCACCUUUCAAAAGUCGAAGAGAAAUUGAUUCACUUUAAAUUUAAGCUCAAGCUUUUCAGGGCCCUUUUAUUUGUUUUUCUGCAAGGCGGAAUAUAUAUAGAACUCCAAUUGUGAGCAUUAUAUGUGAAUGAUAAAGUAGACUCUCUUUGUUUACAUAACAUAACACAGUGGCAGAUUUCAAAAAUGCUGCAUGCGUGCCUUUCGAAAAUUGCCAUUGCCAUAGCAGCGAAGUAAAGAGUUUUAUGCUCUUAAGUUAUCUAUUUCUUCCUUUUGCAAUUUUUCGUUUAAGACAACAAUUUAUCGAUCCAUUUGUUUUGAUCAUUUAGUGACUGAUACACAUAUGUAAUGAGAUGCCUGUGUGGUCGGGCUAGUGCUCGAUACGAUUGUUUUUCAAUCCUUUUACGGGAGUAAAUCGAUUCACUCGUUUCAGUCAACUAUGAACUCCAAAAUACCAUAAUGAAUGGGACACAAACACGCUUAUACUAACGCAACUAAAGCUUACACUAUACUUUACAGCUCCAAAGUUCGUUCCUGCCCAACAUCAGUUGGAAAGGGUCCAGUUAGUGAAGUAGCUUUAAACGCUUUGAGCGCAUGUUCACAGAAAACAAGAAAAAAAGGGGAAAGGACAUUAUAAACCGUAAAAGGAAUAAAUAUAUUGGCGCAAAACGAGAAAGGAAAAAGAAUGGAAUUAACUGACUCCUUAACAGUCUGGUCGACAUCUAGACCCCUUCAAGGUUCUCCAAUCUUGUAAACACAAUCGUACAACCGGCUAUUUCGCUGAGGGAUUAUGUCUUUUGUUGUUUCGUUCUUGUGCAAAUAAGGGCUAUUGUUAGUAGAAUUAGUUUUUAUCAUUGAGAGGGGCUUAAAACGCAAUGGAUUUUGGUAAAUGAAUUUCAAUAUAGUUAAAUGGUUGCAUCAAAACUGCCCUGACAGAUGUGUAAGAUCAUAACAUUGUGCUUCAAAAAUAUUGUCAUAGAGACAACCGAGCGAAAACCAAAGUUUUUAUCUUCUCAUCCACUGUCAUAGUAGACAGAUUCUUUUUCCACAAUAGUUUGCUUUUUAUCGACUAUUUUUGCCUUUAAUAACCGUUUUUAUUGCCCAAAAUAAAUCAUCAUUUAGAUUUUUUUUCUGUCUAUACUUUCUUCCCUUUUUUCGGACAUUAAUUCGCCUUUAUUUUUAAUUCAAAAUGGCGUGUUGUUUACCUGUAAAUUGGACAGCAAUUAGAUAUUCCCUGUACAUAUUCUUCUCUAGCCCCCCUCACCUGGCAUUUCAAGAACAGGUGACCUGUUACGAAAUAUGAAGUCAAGAAAUAAAACUCGUAAAUUUAUUUAAUUUUUACGCUGAAAAGACCGAAUGAUUUUUGAUUUCAUAGCAUGUAUUUUAGCCGUAAGCAAUAGAACAGCAGAUAAGAGUCCCUGUUAUAUAUUCUCUCUCCUUCUCCCAGCUGUUUCUAGAGUACACCAAGAAAACCGAAUGAUUUCUGCUUAGCUCGAACAGUAUCGAAUUUCAAAAAUCCAAAAAUCAAUUUUAGUGCAGGUGUAGUUCGUUUUAAUUUGUAUUUUGGAUUAUUGUUUUUAUCGGAAGUACUCCCUUCCGCUCACAUCAGAGUACACAAUUAUGGGGUAUAAAAAAAUAGUGCAUUUGUGCCCCCAGUUCUGUAAACUGUAAUUAUGCCUGAAUGAAAAAACACAUUCUCUGAAAUCGUCAUAAAUUUUGGAGUACCACUAAUUGAAUGUCUUAUUAAAUGUAUAAAUUGAUUCACAUCAGGCCGUUCGCCUUGGCAAUAAGAACUUUCCGUAAGUGAUGAGGCCGACAUACGUGCUUUUUAAAAUGCCACGAAAUGCAACAAAUGUUUUGUUGCUUUUGUAACUACAUUUCGUUUUUUCGUUUAUUCCAUAGAUUGUGAUAGUUUUUAAACCAUCAGCAAUGGCUUUCUGUGGAUGUUUGAAGUCUGGCAGUUUGACUGCUGUUGCCGUACUGGCUCUCUUUGGAUUUUUCACAGACACUUCAGGAGCAGAUGAGCGCGUGGAUUGGAAUGGGAAUCUCGACUGUCCUGAGAAGAUGACUGUUGUUUGGAAGGCACAUCACUCUCGUCCACCCUACGUGGAUAAAACAUUCAACAUUUCCAGUCAUUAUAGUGGAAUUCUUCCAGGUUAAGUAUUUGAAAUUUAACCGUUUCACUCUUAAUAGUGGCAAAAUACAAGUUGUUGUUUUUUUCUACAAUCGUAAGUGAAAAACAGGGGCACCUAAGGACUUUUUCUGUAAAAUAUCUGUGCGGAGAAACAAAUGUUGGCUAGAAUUUUCUAUUACUUGAGGACAGCUAAAAAUUUCUAGAUGAUCGUUCCAUUCAUGCAUGUACAAUCCUCGUAGCUUAUGUAACAAAUUCCGUACAAGUUUUUAAAGUUUAAUUUUUCACAUUUUUCUCCCAAGGCUAGGCUCUUUUUCGUAGAAAAAUGGAAACCUAAAAUUUUCGGAUUCAAAAAUGUGAUGGAGAGGGGAAUCAGGAAAAUUCUCACUUAUGUAAUACGUUAAAUUGCAUCUAAAAUUUUCGGGAAAAUAAUACUGAAGCCCUUGUAAUUUCGAGGACUCACGUUCGCCUAGAACGACCGAACAGAUGUAAAUUUUAUAGCGCCGCUUAGAAUGCAUUUCUGGAGAUCUAAAAGCACUCUGGAUAGCUUAAAGUGUUUUCAAUAUUUCAACAACAAUUUAGGAGGAAAUCGUCGUUGGGUGCCCCAGUGAAAAAGUACCAUUCAUCUGAAUGGUCACACUACACAGGGGGGUUUACUUUCUAAAUUAAGUAAGAAUCAGACAAAAUGUCUCCUCGCAGCUCGCUUUUCGUGAAAGGUAACACGAUUAAGCUUUUUUAUCUAUCUAAAAUCUGUGGUGAGUGCAUGCGCUUAUUGACUCUGUUUAAAGCCCAAAAAAACAGUGAUCGCGUUAUUUCAGUAUUUAUAGGGUUUUCAGUUGCAGACAGAGCAGUAGAUUUACUAUAAUGGAGGAUGCUUUUGUGCUUUCGAUUACGAUUAUGAAAGAUAUAUUUUGUUAGUUAAAACAAAAGGGAAGUAAUUAUUCUUAGCUUGGAGAUAUUCGUUGAUAUUUUAGGGGCGACAUGCACUGGAUUUUUGCUCAUACUGUAACCAUCGUGUUUUCCGUUUUCAUAUAAAAUAAAGAUGUUUUGUGAAUCCGCAUACUGUAAAUUUAAUACGAGUCUAGGCACCUAAUGUUUGCGAUCUUAAUUUUUUAAAAAGAUGUCCAUUACGACACGCUCAACUUAAAUGUAACUGGUAAAGCAAACUAAGCACAGAAAUAAAGACUACUGACGGUUUAUUUUUCCCUUUUCAAAUUUGAAAAAAGAAUGAUCAUAUUUUUAUAGACACGGGAAAUCAUGCAUAUUGGAUUUUAGAUACAAUUUUGGCAAAAAUGAAUCUUUAUUAGCGAACGUUUUUGGGACGUAUUUAUCAAACAUUUGGAACCAUAAAAGGAAACAUGCGGCAGUUUUUGCAUUUUUAGUUUACCACAAACCUCUCAAAUUGGUUACUAACAAUAAAAAGUAAAAAACAAAGCAAAUUAUACUGCGUGACGUGUUUUGAUAUCUGAUGAAAAACUCUUUUUGGGGUCCUUAUGCCCUCGUUAAAUGUUAUUUUCUUGAAACUGGGUGCUUAAUUGCAAAAUCAACCACCUCGAUGGUCAUCAAUGGCUAUUGCUAGCGUCGUAGUUUCAGUUCUUUCUCAGUGGUUUAUAAGUGAUGAAACACUGCGUCGUGUUUGAUGUUAAACUUUUAGAUCAUUUUUCGACAAGUUGUAGAAUUAGAGUGCACCACGUACAAAGACAGAUGGGGAAUCUGUGGUCUGUGCAAUACCACUUUUGACAAAGAUCAGUUUAAUUAUGACUUGCGUCGCCUCAAUCAGUGCAAAAACACUUUUAACAACUUCUGUAUAUCUAGUGUCAAAAUUUUCAAUUUUCAGUUCUGUCCAUAAAAUAUAGUGGUCGAAAGACAGGAAGACUUUUUAGGCAUUUUAAUUUAUGCAAACAAUAAUUUAGUAGCAUAUUGCGUGCCUCUGUUGGGUUCCAGCAGACAAUCGAUCAAUCCUACUCAUUAAUUGUUUUACAAAUGUAUCUAUCUGGCGUUUUAGUUUAGACCUUAUUGUACUUUUUUAGAGAAAAUGUAAGAAGACUUUCCACCCUUAAAUUUUCAUCAAUGACUCUCUUUGGUAAAUAAGGUCCACCUUUGACUUAUCUCUCAUUAUUUCUUGGAGAACCUUCGCGAUACGCUGAAAAGUCCCCAAACCCCUCACAAGUUAAAGGAAAAGCUUACCACAUUUUAUUGAUGAUUCAAGGGUGACAUUAGAAUCUUAACUUAAAACCUACCUUUUUAGGAAUUUUUGUUUUAGUCAUUAGGAAGAUUUAUUUGAUUUUAUGUGUGUUUUAUUCAAAUUUAAAUCUAUUUUAAUCGAUUUUAAUUCUAAUUUUUUCACUUUGUUAAGGGCCUAGAUCUAUUACUGGAUAGGCGCUAUAAAAAUGUUAUUAUUAUUAUUGUUGUUGUUGUUGUUGUUAUUAACGAGACGAGUCAGGUUUAUGUUCGUCAUUAUAAAUAAUAGUCAGUCAGCGAGCAGUGAUUUCGCCCCAGUCGUGGCCGAUUUGCAAUAGAUAGAUUGUUAAAUAUGCUCAGCUCGUAAACAAGCGUUGAAACAAAACUAUGGUCAUACAGCAAAAACACAAAACUAAUUGGAAUUAAUUUUCAUGAAUUUCAUUUUUUUUCGCAGAUUUUCUUGAGUUCUUUUUGACUGAGUGUUGCCGAAAAAGGGUCAAUUUGGUUUACAACGAUUCUGAUACAGCUGAUUCAGAUUUAUUUCUCCCAACUAUCGUCAAUCUUGAAGCUGACUGCAAUACCAACAAACCAACAAAUCUUGUUCCUAUUGUGCCAAAUACGGGGAUAGCGUUCGUAGUUGUUAAGAACAGUAAAAGUAACCAAUCGAUGGGAAUGUGGAAAUCCCUUUUAGCAACGUGGCCUGUUCUUGUGCUAACGCUCUUUUUGUCAUUGAUCGCUGGGAUGAUUGCGUGGUCAUUGGUAGGUUGAAUUAAUAAAUAGUCUUUUGGCUCCUAACAAUAUUAGGGCGUAUUAUAUCUGGUCUUUUGAACUGAGCAUUGACUUUUAGGUCCCAAUUGGUCAUAUCAUAGGUGCAACGUUAAAGUGAUGUGGGAUGUUUUUGUUUUAUUCCAGAAUCAUGAGACAAGAAUAGCUAAAGAGACCCUAGCCUUAAUUUGAGGUCUUAAGGUCGUGAAAAAUAUUCCAAAGCGAUAAUUCAAGCUCUCGAAUCAGUGAAAGGCUAAGAUUUGUGCAAAUGACUGAUAGUCAUAAUAAUUCUUUGAAUUACCCUCGGCAGUAUUUGAAGCUUAAUGCAUGGUUAGUGAGGGCGAGAAAACUACUGAAACAAAAACAAAACAAGGUUAAGAAUCCCAGUUGGCCGGAAACAAACAUCAAACAUGUUGGCUAUUGACGUGCAAGCCUGCUCUUACUGUCAGGGCGGAAAUGGAACACGGGUCCUCUGGAUUGCAAGUCCAAGACGUAUACUCUAGGCUUAUACGUCGACCGAUAUAUUUACUAGUUUCUAACGUUGAUACAAUUUUAAAAUAAUCUGUGAAAACAGCUGAAAGUAGCUGAUCGUCUUUGGACUUGUUUUAGGAGGCCAGGAGAAAUUCAGAGAACUUUCCUUCUUCAUUUUCUAAAGGAACUUGGGAAGGUUUUUGGUGGGCGUUCAUAUCUAUGACCACAGUAGGGUAAGUUGUAGUAUGUUCUUGUUGUUGUUGUUGUUUUUUUUUAGUGCUCCAUUAAGGUACAUCACUAGAUGUUGAAACCCAGAAUCAGAACCAAGUAAUAGCAAAGUUACAAGGUUUGUUACACGGUUUGGGCAAUUGCGAGCCUGCGACUGAGUAUAAGGCGCUUCUAGGAUAAAGGGCUAAGAGAGAAGCGAAGAGGGUAGAGAGCUAUUACUCCCUCCGACCUUAACCUCCCCUCUCCUUAUGCAGGUAUAAGUGUUUGGACGGAGAAGGGAUGGGGGGGGGUGAGUACGAGCAAAGGUGUAGCAUGUGAUUAUUAUUUUUUUUUAUUUAUUUAUUUAUUUUUUUUGCUUGUUUGCAAAGUUUUGGCUAAAUUCCCUACCCUCGGGACUGGAAAAUACUAAAAUUUUGAUAAAAUAUUCCUUCGCCUCAGUUUGGAGCAAAAUUUGAGGUCAAAAUCCCCAGAGACGAAACAGAGGAAGUGUUCAGAUGCCAUUCCUAAGCCCAUUUCCCCCUCCCCCUCCCCUCAGCUGCAUAUUUCCUAAGGAAGGCCUCAGGCUAAGCAGUUACCCAAUAAACUUCGCUUACUUGACAAGUUUUGCAGGUUUGACUGAAAACGUACAUUUUUUGACUUGUAAAAUAAUUACCGAUGGGGGGGAUUUCGAUAUAAAAGUGACAGGUAUGCUCGUCGUCUCUCUUAGGGUUGUAAUUGCAGAUUUUAGUCUCACUUAGGGUGUUUGGGACGAAAAGUCACAAUAUUUGCCCAUUCAGGCAUCGCUUAGGGCUGUGCAUAAAGAAAUGUACAAAAACUGCCGUGACACUGACUUCACAGAAAUCUCAUUUUUAAAAAAGAACACAACAAGCCCGUUUCUUUUUUUUAUAGAUCCUUAACUCUUAUUAAGAUGUCUGUUUUAGGGGUCAGUUUAAGCUUGAGCCACACCCACAUUGAUCUCCCUUAGGGGUUCAAUUUUAAUUUUCCGACGAGCACUCCCGUCACUUUUAUAUGGGAGUCCCCCCCACCCCCUCCGGCCGGGUUACCGACACUGUUGGAAUGACUGAUAUAACAGUUAUCUCUCGCAAAUUGUAGUAAUUCAGUUCAAAGCUACAGUAUAUAGAGAUCAGAUGUGGUAAAUGGGAAAGGGCAGACAGUUUCAUUUACGAUUUUAAUAAGCAAACCUUUCUUGCCCUGGGGACGAGGUUGACCAAUAUUCACAAGCCUUCGUGACUAUCUCGAAAAUUUGUAAGUCUGGUAUUCCUUUUUUGUCAUAGAUUUUUUUCACAAGAUGUUACAAUAAGAUUUCAAAGAACCAUUUUUUUGAAAACCGGCAGGUUAACCGCAAUUGUUAAUUGUAACCUUAAAUUAAUGCCCAAUGUUGUUUUAACUUCCUUUUAGAAAUUCUCGUUUGAAGUCAAGACUGUUUUUCCCUCUAUUAUUCAAAUUAUCAUUAUUAUUACUUAGUUUUUUCCCAUUCUGGCACUCGACGAAAAUCAAUAUGGCCUUCACUGGAAACGAUAUUAGUCCUUUGAGACAAAUUCUCCCUUCAGAAGCGUCGUUUUCGAUACUUUUCCUUGUUUCAGGUAUGGAGACCGUUGUCCACAGUCAGUUGGUGGUCGGCUGUUCGCUGUUUUUUGGAUUUUAGUUGGUAUUUGCGUCUGUUCCGUUUUCACCGCAUCUUUGACAAGUUCUUUGACCACGCUCUCAUUGGAAACUAAAAUCAGCUUGCCAGGAGCGAGGGUAAACGAUUAAUAGCCAAUAUUAUGAGCUGUACGAUGAUGAUGAUGAUUAUUAUUGUUAUUAUUCUAAAUAUAUAAAAAAGGAUUUUAAGCAUUUUCCGUAAUGAUUUUGGGUAGAUGGUCAUUCGGCUUUGGCGAAUUAUUUUUUUGCGCUAAACAGUAGUUAUGUAUAACCGGUCUUUAAAUAUCAAAAGUUGUUUGUGCGAGACGGACAUCUUUUUUCACGUGAACAGUUAUUCAUUCAGUGUUUGGGUAUUUUCUUGUAUUUCUCCUGUUCUGUAGGUCGUGACCUUAAUCAAUUCUAUUGGAGCUACCACAGGAUUUCGAAAUCAAGCGAAUCUCACCCGUGAGUGUUCAAUGCGAUCACAUUACUGACCCACAACAUUUAAUUAACUUUAACUUAAACAUUAUAUAGUAGCUAAUUACAUGCAGAUUAAGCGUAGUUUAGAUUAGCUGGUGAUGUAAUUUCGUUUAGAAAGUGUCGUCAGUUUCAUCAUUGCAUACUAGUCACUCUUCUUCUUUUCUCUUUCAAGGCGUGCAAACGGCAAGAGAAAUACAUGAGCAGUUGGAAAGUGAAAGUGUCCAAGGUAUCGAUUUUGCCUUCUUCAAUAGAGAGGAGAAGCGUGUCGUCACGUAACCAAAAUUUCUGAAUUACAGAAAUAGGGAGCUUAAUCAACGACAUACAAUGGCGGCGGCGGCGGCGGCGGCAACGAGAACGGCUAAAAAGCAAUAGGUUUAGAUUGGCAAAACAACAACUCUGCACGUGCAUCACGCUUUUUUGUACAUUUCUUAGCCGUCCUGGCACGACUGCCAUAUGAACUUCCUAAUUUCACGCGCCCACUCUAUGGAGUUCGUAAACACAACACAAAAAUUGCCUUUUCUUGUGGUAAACUUAGAGAAAGAAAAUGUUGCCAACAUUUGGCAAAAUAAUUGAAAGUGAAAAAGAUUGAUGAAGUUUGAUACAGUCAGAAUUCACUUUGAUGCUUUUGGUUUGUCAUCCAGAAUUUUUUUCGUUACCAUGGCAACGGGGCAUAACGACUUUUCUCUAUUGUUAUCCAAAUAUUUUCAGUAAAUGUAUAGCCUGCGUAGCUGGAGUCAAAUUUGUACGCUUGAGUGUACAAAGUGAAUAUGCCCCUUAAACAUUGAUUUAGAAAUCAUCCUCUCUUAUUGGUGCCAUUCUAGUCCUAGCAGUAUGUAGGAUGUUUGUCACAUGAUUAAACCUAGUUUAGUGACCUUAGCUUCCACUAGUCUCCUGUAGCUCAGUGGUAGAACAUCUGGACUGAGUAACCAGAAGUUCAUAGGUCCGGCCCCUAUUGGGAGUACUUGGAUUUGCUGUUCCGAGCCGGAUGUGUCUCUGACUGAAAAGUCAUAUUUCUCAACUACAGUGCAUGUGGAACGAUGUUAAAAUAAAUUAAGGGCCUGUUUGCAUGGAGAGAGGGUUACCCUUGUGCUAGAGUUAUCCUAGCAAGCGGCUAAAAGUUAGCUCUGGUUUUACGAGCAAAUUUCACAGGUGGGGUACCCUCCUCCCUUGUAAACAGGGCCUGAAACGUGACCCUUUUUCGUACCUUUACUUGAACACAUUUUACUGCUUGGAAGUACAAAAAUGUUUCUGCCGUGUCCUCUCGUAGGUUAAUAUAGACUACGUUCAAGUAUUACUACUAUCCAGCUUAACACAAACAAUCAAUUGAACUAUACUGACCGUCUUUUAAAUAACUUGAUUUCUUCUAUCUACAGGAGCUUUAAUGGAUGCCUAUUCACUCGUUCACUUCAGAAAAUAUUAUCCAACAAAGAAGCUGCAAGUUCAGGAAAUAAUUGCACAAGGAAAACUGGAAUAUGGUGUAAAAGUUAAAAAUAUUGAGUUAGCCAAUUGCUUUAGAGAGAAGAGGUACACGGAGGAAUCAAGUUUGCAGGAGAUGGCAGAGUUUACUCUGGGUAGCCCAUUAACGGUAAGCGUAUUACUUCAGAAAUGUAAGUUACUUAUUAUCCAUCUCUGUAGAGUUUUAUCUAUUCAUUUACUUACGUAUUUGCUGAUACAUUUGCUUACAGCAGUAGUACUCAAUAGAAUAUGAGUGUUAACUUUAAGACGAUCGCAAAUUGUAGCCGCAGGUUAACCUUUUCCACCUCGUAUAUUCAGUAGACAAACCAAACUAAUGUGUGAAUGAGAAUUGGUGAAUUCAGUUUGCAAGCGAUACGCAGUAGAUGACGAGAUCACCGUUUAAGCAUGCACUAUCAAGCCAACUCUUGCAAUAAUCAUUGGAAUGUUUCGCUUUGAUAUCGGUAUCGUCAUCAUCAGUCAUUAUUAUAGUGAUCGCAGUAAGAUUGAAAUUUAUCAGAACUAUAUCUCACUUUUAUUUCUAUUGUGUAUUUAGAGUGCGCUGGGUGACGAAGACAAAGAGGAGCAGAGUAACCUCUUCGACCCCGAAGGUCUGCUGUUUUUUCCGAUGCUGUAUACUUGCGUGGGAAUAACGGCCGUCUUUAUUGUUGGUGGAGUGUUGUGGGACCUUCUUCAUAAGUGCAGUCUUAUCAAAAAUAAAGGUUUGAAUUCAGCCCAACAGAUUUUGUUAGCCAUUCAAACUUCCAUUACCCUACGAGCAGAGCCUUCUGUCGUCUUGAGGGGGAGGAGAAAGAGACGCUCUCAUAGUUAGUAUUAGAAUUUACCAAAUCAGUGAAUACCAAUUUUUGCGCGUUUUGAUUGGCUCCCGUAACUCGGAAUAUCCUUGGCUAUUCACUGUUUUGCGACCAGAGCCAAGAUGGCGUCUCGUUUUAAGACAUUUUGGGAAGACGGAAUUUGAGCGAUAAAUGAAGAAAUACCAGAAAAAGCGACGAUCAUUGGCUUGUCAGUGUUUACUGGUAGGUAGUAAAUUAUUUUCAAGCUGAAUUUGCGACAAAAGUCGUAAAAAUCACUUGACAAAAUCGCCGAAAUGUUUGUAAAUUGUAAACAAAGUUCCUACUAAGUGACGUUUUUAAUUUACAGAAGUUUUUUUCUUCAUUUUUAUCCAACUGAUGUGGUAAAUACUAAAACAACUAUUCCCCUCAGGGUAUUCACCUCCCCCUCGUGGGAUAGUUGUAUAAUAUAGCAGUUCAUGAGGGCGGACGUGUUUCUCUGAUAUUCGACUGGAUUUCGACAAUCGUCUUGUACCGUUUUUUUUUUUUUUUUUUUUACUUCUUCGUUCAUGUACGUUUUUUUCCUCCCUUGUCUUCGUUUGUUUGUUUUUUACAUUGUUUUGUACUUGUGUCUCCAUGAAACAACUUCUUUAAUAUUCAUAAUUUAUCUAUAAUGCCUUCCAGCUAAAAUAGCUUUUUAGCUAUUUUCUAGGUGUCUUGUACCUUACAUAAGUAGUAUUGCCUUUUUAUGUCUUUUUUUCUGUGUAAUAAAAUUCUUAUCGUCUUCUCUGCCUGAAUCGCGUAAAGCGUUUGAAGUCGCCGCAGCCCCAUGGAACUUCUGGACUUGUCAAUCUUGUUUUCUCUCUUCAAACGGGUUUGAUAAACCGUCAAACUGGUUUGAUAAACCGAGAUGGUCAUAACUGAUGCCGCUACACCACGCACACGGCUAUUACAAUUAAGCCUGAAUUCGAAACUAUAUCCAAGCAACACACAAUAGAGCAUACUCAAACAAAAGGUCUGAUUUGAUUCAUGCAGAGUCUUUCUCAAGCGGAAGAAAGGCUCAGCUGGUAACCUGAACUUUGGGUAAUGAAUAAAUGGCGUUCGGUAUUGAAUUACAACUUUGUGCCAAAAACGAAAAUUCAUCUGAUGAACAUGAUAUAAAUGAAAAAGUGCCCAAUUCCUUAUCAUUAUGCCGCGUUUUUGUUUUCUUUCGGUUACUGAAUCGUGGCUAAUCUGGGAUCAGUCGUUUAGUCUUAUCUUUAAUUUUUACGUUCUAAUUAUCGCUAUUCAGAAGUAUGAGUAUACUUGCAAAUUAAAUAUUCCAGAGUGUUAUUUAACUGAAAACAAAACACGAUGAAGCCAAGGGUGUAAAAACAUUGCUGUAGUAAUUUUGCCAUGAAGCGCUGGGUUAAGAAAAUAAUUAUGUUUCUCUUGCUUAAACGUCUAAUACAUAAGAAGCUUUUGCUCGUUUUCAGAUAUUAGCAAAAUGCACAACAUGACAGUUUCUUUCAAGAAAGGAAACCUUCUCGGUCGACAUGUCAAGUGUUAUAUAAGUAAAGAGAAGUUACAGGAACUUGAGGACAAAAUUCAAGAUGUCAAUCAAACAUUGGACGUCUUGAAGAAUGAAAUCGUAGUGGACAGAAGAUUCACACACAAGAACCAGAAUGGCAACGUGUGCAUCUAAAUUUUGGAGAACAUUUGCUAAUAGAUCAUCGAGGUGCAUGGCGUGCAGCGGAGGUCGGUGAAGCACACUCUUUCAUGGAGAGGACUGUCUUAGUCUUCGUCGAGUUUAACACACCUUUCUCUAAGUUCAGCAACAGACCUAGCGAUACAAGUGUAAACAGUAAUCCAAGGAAAAAUUUCCCCUGAGUGCAAAAUCAGUUCAGUGUCAUAGAUAAAGUAUUUUCUCAAUUAAACCCUCUCGGCGUUUGUUUUAAACUUGCCCUGCUGAACCCGACAUUUGUUUGAAUGAGCAGUUUAUGUGGGCUCGUUAGUACGACAAGAAAUGGUUUUUCUUCUCCUUUUUUCUUAGCAGUCGUGUAUUUUCCCUUUCAACUUUAAGUGUAUUAUGCGCCUGAUAAAUGCCUGAGGAAGUUAUUUUCAGCUUCCUGGUUUAGACCCGGCGUUUAUUAGCUAAGAGCACAGCGUUUAAUCGAGAAAAUAAGGUUACUCUGUCUUAUCUGUAAGCGCUAUGUUAAGGGAAUGGUCGCUUUCGUAUCUAAAUUCGUCGACUUAAAAUUUGUCCUUGUUUGUGUCUAGGAGUUACCUCAGCCAUAGGUCUGAUUAACCCUGUAAGCCCUGAGUAAUUAGCAUCAAAUUUCCUUUGUAAAGAAAGUGAAUGUCGGUUAGCACUGUCUAGGAAACCUGAUAAAACAUUAUACCAUGCAUGGCUGGUGAACAGCGCAACAAUAGCACGACGAAAAAGCGAUUAAACUGUUCAGCAGUUGGCGCUAGUUUUAAAUAAAAGC